GGGCGGGGGUAGAGGGGGUGGUUGCUGUAUCCCGGGGAGGGCCGGGAAUCUUUUCCACGUUUGCAAACGCCGCUGCGCCCAGGCCUGACCCGCGUCGCCCGAGCUCCGCGCGCCCUCGCCCGCUCCGCGUCCUGACCCCGCUCCUCUCCUCGUAGCCCCCGAUGGUGUUCAGGGCCCGGGGCUGGCGGCCCCCGCCGCCGCCGCUGCUUCUGCUGUUGCUCUGGGUGACCGGGCAGGCGGCGCCUGUGGCGGGCCUGGGCCUGGGUUCCGAAACGGAGCUGCAGAUCGAGCGGCGCUUCGUGCCGGAUGAGUGCCCGCGCACCGUGAGCAGCGGCGACUUCGUGCGCUACCACUACGUGGGGACAUUCCCCAACGGCCAGAAGUUCGACUCCAGCUAUGACAGAGACUCCACUUUCAAUGUGUUUGUGGGGAAAGGACAGCUGAUUGCAGGGAUGGACCAAGCUCUGGUCGGGAUGUGUGUUAAUGAGAGGCGCUUUGUGAAGAUCCCUCCGAAGCUGGCUUAUGGAAGUGAAGGCGUUUCUGGUGUGAUCCCCCCAAAUUCACUGCUUCAUUUUGAUGUACUUCUGAUGGAUAUUUGGAAUGCUGAAGAUCAGGUUCAGAUUCACACUUACUUCAAGCCUCCCAGUUGCGCUCGGACCAUCCAGGUGUCUGAUUUUGUAAGGUACCACUACAACGGAACGUUCUUGGACGGGACGCUGUUUGAUUCGAGUCACAAUCGCAUGAAAACAUAUGACACAUAUGUGGGAAUUGGCUGGCUGAUUCCUGGAAUGGAUAAAGGGCUACUGGGGAUGUGCGUGGGGGAAAAGCGCAUCAUCACGAUCCCUCCCUUUCUGGCCUACGGAGAAGAUGGAGACGGGAAAGACAUUCCUGGACAGGCAUCUCUGGUGUUUGAUGUUGUGUUGUUGGACCUUCAUAACCCCAAGGAUGGCAUUUCCAUUGAGAAUAAGGUCGUACCUGAAAACUGUGAGCGGCAAAGUCAAAGCGGGGACUUUCUCAGGUAUCACUACAAUGGCACGCUUCUGGACGGCACCUUCUUUGAUUCCAGUUACUCGCGGAAUCGCACCUUUGACACGUACAUCGGGCAGGGCUACGUGAUUGCGGGGAUAGAUGAAGGUUUACUUGGUGUUUGCGUGGGAGAGAAGCGGAGGAUCGUGGUCCCGCCUCACCUGGGCUAUGGAGAGGAAGGGAGAGGGAACAUCCCAGGCUCGGCUGUGCUGGUGUUUGACAUCCACGUGAUCGACUUCCACAACCCUUCGGACUCAAUCAGCAUCACCUCCCACUACAAGCCCCCCGACUGCUCGGUGCUCAGUAAGAAGGGGGAUUACCUCAAGUAUCACUACAACGCUUCGCUUCUGGACGGCACCCUGCUGGAUUCCACGUGGAAUUUAGGCAAAACGUAUAAUAUUGUUUUGGGAUCUGGACAAGUUGUGCUGGGAAUGGAUAUGGGUCUCAGAGAGAUGUGCGUUGGAGAGAAGCGGACAGUGAUCAUUCCACCCCACCUGGGCUAUGGGGAGGCUGGCGUGGAUGGAGAAGUUCCCGGCAGUGCUGUGUUGGUGUUUGACAUCGAGCUUCUGGAGCUUGUGGCUGGCCUGCCCGAGGGGUACAUGUUCAUAUGGAACGGCGAGGUGUCACCCAACCUCUUUGAAGAAAUCGACAAGAACGGCGAUGGAGAAGUCCUCCUGGAAGAGUUCUCAGAGUACAUUCAUGCCCAGGUGGCAUCUGGCAAGGGGAAACUCGCUCCUGGUUUUGAUGCUGAGAUGAUCGUGAAGAAUAUGUUCACCAACCAGGACCGGAAUGGAGAUGGCAAGGUCACCGCGGAGGAAUUUAAACUCAAAGACCAGGAGGCCAAACACGAUGAACUCUAAACCUGACACAAGCCACUGUGUGACACCAAGCCCCUGUCGUGGCAGUGCGUGUCGUGAGGGCGCGAGGGUCUCUCGGAAGGUGAAUCGUCAGCAGGUGGUAGUGGGUCACAUAGUACCUGGGGCGUACAUCAAGGGUGGGGAAUACAUAUGGUGGGAAUUUUAGGCCGAAUGCCAGUGAUAUUAAACAAUCGGUGUGAGGCGCCUUAGCGUGGGCUAUGCAGGAGACUGAAAAGGUUGCACUGCCAACCAUUGUUUUGUGGGCCUUCUGGGUAGUUUUGUUAAUAAAGGAAAAUAGUUUCAUGUAGAAGUUAUAACCAUCUUUGGAGGGAACAGAAGAAAAAGUGUCUAGGAUAUCGAUGUAGAGAGGAUUAAGAAAAAAAUUCUUUUAACUUGCUGGAGUCUUUUUUUUUAACAAGUGUUCUCCAGAUGGGCAGAAAAGACAAAGGGCCCCAGCAGGCAUUCUGGAAAGCCCCAGAAAACUUCUCAGUGGCCUGUAGAGGCUGUGAUGAUGCCCAGCCUCCACUUUCCCUUUGUGCACAUACACACACAAAAACAGGCACACACACGUGCAUUUUUCUAGUUAAUCACGCCCCAUACUAUUGUGUCCUCUGAUUGGCUGAGUAACUUGGAGGUUAAAAAGGAAAUCAUUGGACCAAACAAAAGGCAUCUAGGACCACAGAUAGAGAAUGUGAUUCUGUGUUUGUCAUGGAAGAUUAUCUGCUUUACUCCUUCUUAUUCCCGUCACUCUGUCCCGUAGCACACUCACUUCCUUCCCUGAACCCUUCAGCCAGAUAGAUACGCACAGGGCUGGUAUCUAAGCUGAGCUCCAGAGUCUCUCCCUAUGGCCGAGGUGGAAGUGUCAUCCCAACAGAUGAGCAUAAACAAGGUGGCAUGUGUCUGCUGCUCAUUUGUGUCCCGGAGAGGGAGAUGCCCUAGAGCCUGGGGCCUCUACCCAGGAAAGCAAGGACACUGUACCUGCCGGCCUGUCCCCAUGUGACGCAGUGAACCACCUUGCUGCCUUACGUCCUCUGUUCCCAACUGGUGGUGGCACUCACUCUGAAGUAAUCGAUGAUUUUCCUUCUGAAACUGUUUUAUUUUACUAAUUUAAAUGAUUUUGUACGGAUGUAGCUCUGAGAUAGUCCAUGAAAAUGCCAUGCACUAAUUCAGUGGAAUAAAUGUUGGAAAACUAUCUUUUCGUAUAUAAAAUAUUGAAUUCUCUCGUCA